AAUUUUGCUUUUAAUUUGUGAAAAUCAUUGCAAUGUAAUUGCGUGGUUUUGUUACUUUAAGCGGUAGAGGAAGUGGUAGUUUUAUUGUAUACAGAAGGGUAAUGAUCAAAGCGGAUUCAUGUCCUAAUUUUCGUCAUUAAACAAUUCGGGUGCGUUUCUUUCACAGCAGACGACGGAUUUCUCAGUUGAUUGAGUCAGACUCAAAGUUUGACGGGAAGUUCGCUCUGCGAAAGUGUGAAGGAAGAUGGAGAAAAGCCUUUUGUUAUCUACAGUAAACACAAGAAGAAAGACUAGAGAACUGGGAAUAGUUCUCCCCAAACUGUUUGAAGAUGAACCUAGAGGUUCUUCAGAAAAAAAGCGAUCAAAGCUCAGAGAGGAAGCAGAGAACACCUGUGACGAGCAGGACUGUAAUGACAGUGAAUAUGAUCUGUUCAGCACUUACUCAAGCAUGACUGGGUCACAGAACUUUCUUAAGGAUACAGAAGUUCGUCAGCAGAUGGAAGAUGAGACUUGGGUGCAGUGUGACAGUAUACAUUGUCAGAAGUGGCGACGUGUUCUUAACCACGAAAUUAAUGACAUUGCCGCCAACUCCAAAUGGUUCUGUUUCAUGAACUCAGAUCCUGCUCAUAACACUUGUGAGGCAUCGGAGGAAGAUUACGCCUCUUACGACAAACUCGCGCGUAAAAUUGGUUUGAAGUAUGUGUUCUCAGAGCUGGAAGAAGGAGCAUUGGUCUGGGCCACAGUGGUGGGCUACUGCAGGUGGCCAGCCUUGGUGACUAAAGACCCGUCCUGUGGGGUGUCGAUGGAUGUGGACCAGGAAGAAGACCCGUUGUUCUACCACGUGGAGUUCCUGGGGGAGCCACGUAGCCAUGGUUGGGUCCGCAGCCAUUUCGUCACUGUGUACGGACACAAGAACCCUGAGGGCCCCAAAGAACCUGACUCAAGCAGUACCUCAACCUCAAAGAGCGAGUGUAGGAGUGGCUUACAGGCUAAGUCCUUAAAUAAAAGACGAGGAAAAAGGAUAACAAAUCAGACUCAGAAGCCCAAACUGAAAGUGUACAGACGACAGAGUGUGGACGUGGCUAUCAAAGAGGCGGAGACGAUGUUAGGAUGGAGUGAAGAAGAGAGGCUGAAAACUUGUGUGUUUAAAUGGUUAAGAGAUGAGACCCAGGAGCACUCAAGGGCAGAACCAAACAGUGCGUUUGACUUCACGGAUGAGGACGAAAACACAGUGUUAAGGCAUAAAUCAAAGGGACGAGGAAAGAAGCGUAAAAAGUCUAGACAGGGUGAUGUGAAAGAAAAAAGCAAACAUCUACCUGCUAAAAGUGAGGCUCCAUUGAAACGGAACUUUGAAAUAAUGUGUAACGGAGAGGGAGACAAAUGUCAGCAUCGAGCUGGGAAAAAGGAGAUAUCCUUUACUACAAGUAAUGGACAGAUCCGUCACAAAACAUCUAGUUACAGGACAAACUUUGGUUUCAAGUCCUCUCUGGUGAAUACAACUAAAGAAGAAAGACUUGCUUUUGAUGUGGAGAUGUACAGAAGAAAUGAGAAAGCGUUUGAGCAUGAUGUUCGUCGUUUCAUGGAUCGUCACAGCAUGAAGAUUGGUGCAUCUCCUGUCUGGCAGAACACGCCUGUCACACUGUUUCAGCUGUUUAUCACUGUCUUUGAACUUGGAGGCUUCCACUAUGUAUGUAAACAGAAAGGUUGGGCUCGCGUGUACAGGGAAGUCACCAAUAGUCCCAGCUCAACCAGUGGAUCGGUAGCCAAGUCCUUCUACCUCAGAAAUCUUUUGCCAUAUGAGUUUUAUAUACGAGGACGAGAGUAUGACGAAAGUAUGAUGCCAGAUGUCAUCAGGGCCAACAAAAGUUUGGCCUCGUCACAGCGUCAGAGUGAUGAGGAAAAAGAGGAUACUGAAGCCAAGUCUGAAGGUUCAGAAGACCUGGAGGCAAUGCUGGCCACUUUAGAAGAAUCCAGUAGUCUGUUACGUUUUGAUGAUGAAGUUCAAGAGGCCAGCAUUGACCUACAACCACCAGCAGAGGCCCCUGCAGGAACACGAGGACUGGACAUACUGUUUUAUGAUGAUAGCCCAGAAACCAUGCUGAGUCCAGGCAUCAAGCUGGCAGACACAGCCUCAGAGUUUGGCCUACCUAACUUACCUGGUGACACUCCACCAUCCCCACAAGAUGCUGACUCUCACCCCAUGUCAGGAGCAGAUAGUGAGGAAGAUUCAGCAGAGGAGCUGUUACAGGAGCUACAGAAUGUCCAGCAGCAGAUCAACCUACUACAGGAUCAGUUUGGCAUAGAAGAAUAGAGAUCUGCAAAUCUCCACCACUUUCACUUUGAGACAUACAACAACAACCAGGCACUGAUUCUCACCUCAUGUGAGGAGGAGACUCUGAGGAAGAUUCAGUAGAAGAGCUGUGGCAGGAGGUCUGCAAACAGAUCAACAGGAUGAGUUAUUGACCAUUAUCAUUUGUAAAAGACCAAUGUUUCUAAAUAUAAUUCAACAAACAUUUUAUAUCUGUGUUUACUAACAGUAAACUUUGAAUGAAUACCCACAGCGCCAUUAUAUGUACAUGUAAGUCAGAGGGGUGAAAACAUUGAGAAUGGGUUUCAUAGUGGAAGAAGCACUAUUUAUAGAGACCAGACCUGUACAGAAGUAAGAGAUAUUAAUAUCUCGGCGAUUUAAAAAAAAAAACAUUCAUACACAGAGUGCAGCUUUAUAAAUGGAUGUUCUGUCUAACUCCUAUUACCAUCGAUCUAUGCAAAAAGGAAAAAGAGGAGCUCAGCUCUGUCUACUUCAAGUACGCAGAUUGUUAUGAAAGAGCUAAUUUUAACGUUAUCUAAGCUCAUUCUUUAAAGGAAAAACCGGUCAAAAUCAAAGUAUGGACAUCAUCAGCUAGAACACUUAAAACUCUUGCAAAAAAGUACAUGUACGACCAGUUAUAUUUUUCUAUUUUUUAAAAAGGCAAUUAGGCAUUUGAAUUUAGAGGUGGGCUUUAUUGGCCAUACUACCACUGUUCAGGAACUCUGACAUCACAGGAAGUUUUUCCAAAUUUAAACCGGACAUUAAAUGUUGGAAUAGAUCUUUUUCUACAUGAGUAAAAAGAGUUCUCAAACACCAUCAGAAUAACCAAUAAGGCCCAUCAUAGAAUUCAAACAUUUGAAUGUCUUAAGCACUUUUCAAAACAUCUGAAUCGUAAAAUAACUGUAUUUUUAGGCAUAGCUUUCAGUUGUCUGUCUGAAGAGCUUACUUCAGAUUGUAGCUUUUGUUUUUCUUUAAUACUACUAAACAUGAAUGUUUUAUACAGCAAGAAUACUGUCAGUUAUUGAGAGUUACAGUUCAGUAUUGCCAUCUUAAACUACAUGUAGUGUAAACAUGUAUAAGUUUAAACAAGAUUUUGUGAUUGGUUUGAUUCAUUUUAUAGCUCUGUAAGGCCAUAAGAUUUUUGAACUUAUACAACAAUGGGGGUCAGUUUUAUGGCUGGAGGAUACCGGACUGCUCGAGGUAAACCACCGUUCUUUGGUAAGUCACUGACUCACAUUCUCACUUGUAAUUGGUAUUACUUUCUUCAUCUGUUUGUUAUACCUUGGGAUUUGGACCUCUCGUAUCCAUUAUCCAAGAACAUCAUAUCCUUGAGUACAUGGAUGUGCGCUAAAGUGUGUAGCACAGCUGUAAUGACCUUCUGACGUUCGCAGCCUCUCAUACUACACAAUUUUGUAUUUUUUCAACAGAAAGGCACAUUAACAUCAGCUAUGCCACCUUAGUAUCAGAGAAUAGGAGGCACACAGCAAACGAUAUAUGAAAGGGUACUAUAAAACAUAGAGUAUGGUUCUAAGGAACACAAAGCUGAGUAUGCCAUAAACAAAAAAUGAGAAAAUGAUUUUCUUAUAAUUUAUAUUUCAUAAUAACCUCUAUUUUAUGCAGAUUUUCUGUGAAUUGUUGAAAAAGUUCGGAAAUGAAGUCAUUAAUGAACAUAACAGGCACUUGGGACGAGAUUAGAGCUACCAUAACGGAAUGUCGUCCCAAUAAAGUUGUUUUCACAGCUGUCACCAUUCACUUAUGAAAACUGUAGUUUAGAGCCAAUUUUACACAUCAAGAAGAAAGCUGAUAACUUUUUUUGUACUUUUAUAUGCUAGGCCACAUUAUAUACUAGUAUACAUACUAAGAAACAGAACCCAAGCAUUCCUUGUAUUCACUAAGGAGCUGAAUGAAGGGUUAAUGUGGCUUGAUAUUUAAGAGGUUUCUGUCAUCAUACCACCUGUAUUUGUUACCUUUCACCUUCACCACCUGACACUACUGGUAGUGAAAUUACAGGUGUACGAGUAAUUAUAUAGAGUCCAAGGUGUUCUUUCACAAAACUUGAUAACUCUACCUUCCUGACGGUUUCCGUACACACAGCAUGACCUUUAUUACAGUUUUGCACUAUUCAUUUUCAUUUUUGGUAUAAUCAACGAUCAGGCUUUAUAAAAGGGGACACAUGUUUGUGUUGCUGUGAAUACGCUCUGGAGAUUUUAGUUUUGUCUUAAAACAUUUUUUUUAAUUAAUUAAUGUUACCCAGCAUAUUGGUUCAUAUAUUAUUUUUUAGUUAUUUUCCCCCAUGUGCGUAUUUCCUUUUUUAUUGCCAUGAAAUGUUGUAUAAUUGAAAACACCAGAAAGCCACCCCCACACAAUUACUGGGCCCACAGUGUGGCUUGUUAGGGCACAAACAUUAUGACUGUCUGUAGUAAUGACAUUUUACAGACUGGGUAGAGGAAUGCUGUAGUAAUGCUAUGAUAUCGCUAUGGUAUAUAAACUAGGGUAAGUGUGAUUUAUGUGGGUGUCUGCACUGUACUCUGGUGGAUUACUUUAUUUUUUAAAGCCUUGGACAGGCAAUUUUUGAGGUUACCCCAUAUCCUCCUUUUUUUUUUGUCACACGAAAUUUUAUGUUGUAUUGUUGGCAGAAAGAAUACCUUAUUUGAACAUAAAAGUGCUGUUUUAGUCUGACCAUUAUGUCUAGUGAUAGUUGCAGAGAUGAUGGCUGUUGUGAUCAUAAAUAUGCUGUUUUGAAAGACUAGUCACACCAUUGUGUUGUUAGUUGCAGAGACAAUUGUUGUUGUGAUGUGAUGCUUUGAAUGCCCUUAUCUGGCCAUUAUUUUGUAUUUCCUUUGAAGAGAAUUGGUGGUAGUUGUGAUCAUAAGUGUCCUGUUCGGAAUGGCCUUAU